GUAGCAUACAUGGAUGCUUCCUUUAUGCAAUCGGCGUGCUUAGUUGGAGAGGUAUUUCAACCUGUGACAGUGAAACACUCGAAACAGUUCGAUCAACAUUUUAACUGACUUGAAAUAAUUCCACCAAUACAGAUGGAAACUCAAUUGGCCAUGAACGGACUACAAAAAUCCACUAGUUUUUCCGUAAAAGACUUGCUGGAUUUACCGGAGGCUAACAUUAAAGGACAGUGUGCCAGUCCCGUACUAGGGACCACAGAUCCCGCGGUUCCAUACUUCGAUACCAGUGAUAAUCCAUACACACGCUGGCUUCAGAACAACGACCCACUGCAGUUUCAAAGUAGUGGACGAAAUAUGUCUGUAUUAAACCCAAGACCAAUUCAUAGUCCCCAGGAUGAAGAAAGUUCUAAACACGACAGUCUAAGUCAUCCCACAUCGCCUGACGGAAGUAUAGAUUCUUUAAAGAUGGACGACGAUGACGUAGAAUUGGACGAAAAAGAUAAAUCGGGAACAGAUCAGAGUCAAAACGGUGAAACAAAGAAAAGCCGGAAAAGGCGUGUUUUAUUCUCAAAAGCACAGACGUACGAGUUAGAACGUCGGUUCCGACAACAGCGAUAUUUAUCCGCCCCAGAAAGAGAACAUUUGGCCAGUAUUAUUAGAUUAACCCCCGUGCAGGUAAAAAUCUGGUUCCAGAAUCAUCGUUACAAGUUAAAACGCGCUCGACAGGAGAAAGGGUUAACAGAUCUCAAUCCGUUACCUUCACCACGCAGAGUUGCCGUUCCUGUUUUAGUAAAAGAUGGCAUCCCCUGCCAGCGAAGUAGUGUUAAUUCGUCCCUUAUGAAAUCUCAGGAUCAUCUUCAAAUGCAAUCGAACCUAAACGGCAUGAACAUGUCAAUGAACAAUGGUCUCGGUGUGAACUCUUUAGGAAUGAACUCAAUGAACUCAUAUCCGUCCCACAUGGGAAGCGCGGGAAAUGGUAUCAGCUCGACGCUCUCAAACUCUAUGAACAUGAACAUGAAUAUGAGCUGUGCGUAUAGUAUGAGCUCUAUGGGUUCUAUGAAUUCUAUGAAUCUGAACGUACCCAAUGUGAACAAUAUGAAUGUGUUGCCUAGUUACAGUCACCCGUUGAUGCAGCCACAAACAAGAUGGUGGUAGUGACGUGUUGUUUAUAUUUGUGCCUUAACUUUAUCUUAUCAUUGUAUCACAACGUGACGUUAAUUUGUGGUCAAGUAUUAAUUUUGGUGCCCAGAAAACGAGAAUCCUGUUCUUGAAGUCAUUAUUUAAAGGAAUUGUGUUCCCUUUAAGUCAUUGUAUAGGUCCCACUGAAAUGUUACCAAUUUAUUAUUAUUGCCUGUCGCAAAGAGUAUCAAUCAUAUGUUUUGAAAUGUAUAAAUGUUUAACUAUUUCUAUUCGAAACGUAAAUUAAACUUUCCAGUUAAUUGUGAGGUUAAAUGUGUUAUAAUAAGCGCCCUCAUGAUAAAUUAAAAUUAUAAACUGGGGUAGUAGAGAAGGGGAUGGGGUGGGGUGGACGGACAUUUAAUGAGCUUACUAUAAAUGACUAUAUAAAUACGCCAAUAAUAUAUUAUUUAUAAUUAAUAUAAACGAUAUACGGGAUUUAUGUUUAUUUGAUGAUAAUUUGGUGCAAUUAUAAAUUUAACAACUACUUAAUUAACUACUUAAUUAAAUUCCUCUCUCAUCGCACGUGGUUAUCAUAACUGCAACAUGUCCAUUUUCUAAAAAUGUUAUCGCGCCAUAUUCUCUUUCAUAACAUUGUCUUAACAUGUCAACUUCGGUUCUAAAACUUUUAGACACUGUUGUAUUUCAAAACCUAUACUUUUAACAAAGUUGUAUAUACUAACCGGAUAACUUUCUCGGUUAAUGUAAAAUUGGCAAAAGUAAUGACAAUAUUCAAAAUAUCAUCUUUUCCAAGAUAAAAUAUGAAAUGGAUCAGGGGUCUUAUUCAAUAAAACGUAAACUAAAAUAUUGUACGAAUGCAGGCGUUUCAUUGGUUGAGCGUUGAAAUUUAAGUACGAAUUUUAGUUCUUGCCUAAUGGAAAGGCUGAAUUCUUAAAAUAUUUAAGUUUACUUUAUUGUGAAUUAGGCCCCAUUAUGCAUGUAUUAUCCCCGAAUUAAAAAAAACCCAAAGCCUUGUUAUUACGUUACGUUAUUUAUCAUAUCUGAUAAAUAUUAUUUUCCAUUCUUGGUAUUUCAGAAACAAUCACACGUCUAAUUAAUGUCGCAAAACUGUUAGCUUAAGCCAUCCGUUCAAUGUGUACUAUCGAUUUGAAAGAAAAAUCGCUGUGAACCAAUAUGUCAUAGAGAGACUAGGUGGUCGGUCUACCUUAAAAUCCGCCAUUUCUGCCCUUUAAUUGUUAAGUAAAGUUUGUUGUUUUAUUGUCGCAUUUUGUUUUACAUAUGAUGUAUAUGUAUGUAUAAUAUAUUAUAUAAGAUACAUGUGUUUUUUCACCGAUGUUCUUUUACUUAUUACU